AACUCUAGGCCCAGACGAAUAGGCCAUUCCUUCCCCCUCGCGGGAAGUUGAGUCCCCUCCGGCUUACAUGGGCUCGACGAGCCGCAGCAGACCCCACCCGGAGGGAAAGGGGGUGCCAGCGGAAGGGAGGGGGCUAGCUGACAUGGAGCAGAGGCAGGAUGUCCCAGUCUGUGACGUCUGUGGUGAGGUUCUCCACGUAUGACAAUAUCACCCACUCUGUUGCCAAUGCCCUGGUUAUGGCCUCAGAUAAUGUGACUGCUCUGCCCCAAACAACAACAUGGGCAAUCAACGACACCAACAUCACUGUGCCACACAAGUGCCUGCUCUUGCUAUAUGAAGACAUCGGGAAGUCCAGAGUCCGCUAUUGGGACCUUAUGCUUCUGGUUCCCAAUGUGCUUUUCUUUGUCUUUCUUCUCUGGAAACUGCCUUCUGCCAGAGCCAAGAUCCAUGUCACCUCCGGCCCCAUCUUUACUACCUUCUACAUACUAGUGUUUGUGGUGGCUUUAGUUGGGAUUGCUCGUGCAGUUGUCUCCAUGACCGUCAGUGCCUCUGAUGCUGCCACAGUUGCUGAUAAGAUCCUGUGGGAGAUCACGAGGUUCUUCCUCCUGGCCAUUGAGCUGAGUGUGGUGAUCCUAGGCCUUGCCUUCGGUCAUCUUGAAAGCAAUUCCAGUGUCAAGCGUGUACUGGUGAUCACCACAGUGUUGUCACUGGCUUACUCUGUUACCCAGGGGACACUGGAGAUCCUCUACCCUGAUGCUCACCUCUCAGCGGAAGACUUCAACAUCUAUGGCCAUGGAGGAAGGCACUUCUGGCUUGCCAGCUCCUGUUUCUUCUUUCUGGUCUAUUCCCUGGUGGUGGUUCUUCCAAAAACUCCCCUGAAAGACCGGAUUUCUCUACCGUCUAGGAAGAGUUUUUAUGUCUAUGCUGGAAUUCUCGCUCUGCUGAAUCUGGUGCAGGGCUUGGGCAGUGCCCUUCUCUGUGUGGAUAUCAUAGAAGGAUUGUGCUGUGUCGACGUCACCACGUUCCUCUACUUCAGCUUCUUUGCACCUCUCAUUUAUGUGGCAUUCCUGAAAGGCUUCUUUGGGUCUGAACCGAAGAUCCUUUUCUCCUACAAAUGCCAAGUGGACGAGCCUGAGGAUGUAGAUGUGCACCUCCCCAAUGCCUAUGCUGUGGCCAAGAAAGAGGGUGUGGAUUCCAGCUUCUACUCCAGCACCCAAAUCGACACCGCAGCCUACCUGGAUGACGUAGCCUCAAUGCCCUACCACGUGGGAAGUGUCAACAGCAUUGACAGUGACCGCUGGAAAGCCAUCAAUGCCUAAAUCAACCCAGACCCCCAGCACGAUGCCACCCUCCCUGAUCACACAGCUGUUAGGAUGUGCAUCACAGAUGGUCCUCAGUCACUUGGUGUGGCUUUUCCCUCUUCCCCUGGGCUUUAAAAAAACCCAUCGUGGAACAAAAUAGCUCCAGCCCUCCCAGAAGGACUUUUGUAUCUUCAUGUGAUAACAGCCUCGACCAGCUUUGUUCAUAAAUAUCUAAAUGCUGAACCUUCCUGAUCCUUGGUGUUCCAGAUGUAGCUGUGACCCAGAAGAUGGGUCUGGCUGCCACCCGUUCCUUUUCAGUGACUGAAAACACUUGUGUAACUGGGAGGGGAGUGGGAUUUUGGGGUGGGCGAGUUGAGAUUGGCUUCUCCAUGGCGUAUAUGUGCGAAGCAUUCAGUGCAUGGAGCCAAAGGCACUUUCAUGGUCUGUCUCAACAGGUCCCCUUUCCCAUGUCAUAUUGCAUUGUAUUGUAGGAAGAGCACUGUCUGGAGAGAGGAGGCCUGGGAGAACAGGGCUGCUCCUCAAUUCCAGCAGAUACCAAUGGAAAUCAUGAACUGUAGUAAAAUGGAAAUUACAAGGAGUGUUUUGAGUGUGUAUGAGAGAAGGCUCACUGAUGAGCGAACUGUUAAAUGAUCAUUAGAGGGGCACUGUCUGGGAUCUGGCAGACCAGCUAUAUCCUGGGUCAAGGAAAGAGACUUUUAAAGAGCCAGCAUUGCUGUCUGUUGGAGAGACAGUGGCUAUGGAAGGGUCUCUGAAGACCAUGCUUAUGCUCAACUGAACUCAUACUGUGAACUUGCAGUGACAAGUGGCUAUGUAUUUUACACUGAAUUAGGGUUGAGUUUUAAGAAUAAAAUUGGCCAAGUGUGAGUUUUUCA